UUAGUUCUAAUUCUUAAUCGUGUCACUGCGCGUGCUAAUCAAUUAAAUAUAUUCCGUGCGGUUUGUCACUGGAUCAAAGAGAACCAAAAAGAACUGGGUCCUGAUGAUAAAACCAACAUUUUAUCUGCAAUCAGAUACCAGCUUAUGGAUGAUGAAGAACUUUCUGAAGUUGAGCGAUCAGAGCUGAUUUGUUCGGAUACAAUUACUUUGAAUAUCGUAAAAUCGAUAAAAGAGUCCCUCAUAAGUGCACUUGAUAACUAUCGAGGGAAAUUAGAACCCAAUGUGAAUUUUGCUCAUGGUACUCCGAAAGAGCCUGCUCAAAUUGAUGGCGGUACCAUGCUCAUGUUGGAUCAUCCAUCGAAUAUAAACUAUAUUGAAAUGCAGUUAUCUGACGAAGAUUCAAGAUUUUACUGUUAUUACAUUGAAACUUCAAUCGAUCAACACAUUUGGGGGCGAGUAGUAGAUCAUUCAAAUUAUCAUUGUCGGUCAAUUCAACGUUUGUGGUUUCUCCGAAGAUUUGUUCGGUACAUUCGAAUUGUGGGCACCAAAAAUACUAAUAAUAAGACUUUCACAAUUUUGAAAAUUAUGUACAAUACGGACAAAAUGCACUUGGUUGAAAUAAAAAACGGAUUAAUAGCUCCAAAGUACAAUGUAGCUUUAACAUCAAUGGAUGCAAUUGUAAUUGAAGGAAGAAUGAAUUUCAAAUCCCUCUUGGAUGGUGACUAUGAAAACUACGAUAGGUUUCGCGGUGACACAUAUCAUCUGGAAAAUGAGUGUAUAACUGUUCAACUCGCCCAACCGUAUGUGCUUAGUUCAAUGAGAAUGCUGCUUUGGGACUGCGAUAGCCGAUCAUCAUAUGGUUACACUGUUGAAGUUUCAGUCAAUAAUAAGGAUUGGGACAUGAUUGUAGAUAAAUCUAAAGAGUGGGCACGAUCGUGGCAGUCGAUGCAAUUUGAACAAAGGCCGAUAAUAUAUAUACGUAUUACUGGUGUUCGGUGUUCAAAUAAAAAUGGCAUAUUUUUUAAAUGUGUAUACUUGGAGGCACCUGCCCAAGUGUCGCUAGAUUCCAACGUAACGCCAAGACAGCGGCGGUCGAUAUCACGGCUCUUCAGCCGUAAGAAAUAGCCAUCCACCUUU